AUGAUGCAGCUCCAGAGGGCUGCCAUGCCCAAACUCAAAUGGAAAAGAGAGAAGGAUGACGCCCUUGGCAGAAGCGACGCCAAUCGCAAGCUAACAGCCCCUUGGGCAUGUUGGGCAACGCCAAAGAAGGCCAAUAAGGCGGUCCCCAUGUUGGCGGCACCGAUGGUGCAUGUAUUCUUAGAGAAGGAAGAAGACAGCUUGUGGGAGGCGAUGCUAGAGAAGAUUGGGCAGGCGAUUACCAUGGCGCCGAUGGACCUGGUGGCAACAUCAUCGCUAGAUACUCCCUUCGCGAGAUUAGCUGCGUGGGUGAUGAUGGGGGGCGAAAGUGCGUCGAGCUAA